UUGAACGUAAUCACGGUCGGCUAUCAGUCGUAGGUGAACCGUUGAUAACGCAACUACCCUUUGAUGAAACAAGAAGCAAACAAAAAUGGAAGUCAACCUUGGGGCGGUGAUAGUUAUACUUUCCACUGUCAUACUGAUCUACAAGUGGAUUACCCGUAACAAUGACUACUUCCAUGAAAAACCGAUACCCUCUAUGGCAGUUAAACCUCUGUUUGGAAGUACGGGUCCUCUGAUUUUGAAACAGUUCUCUCUGCAUGGAUUCAUCAAUCACAUUUACCAAAAGUAUCCCAAUGCCAAAGUCCUUGGGAUAUUCGACGCCCUGACGCCGAUCUUCGUCGUACGGGAUCCGGAGCUGAUCAAGAAGAUUGCCGUCAAGGACUUUGACCAUUUCAUCGACCACCGGCCAAUGUUCGGCAACAGUGAAAACGACAAUCCGUACUCCAUUUUUGGCAAAACUUUGUUUGCCUUGGAAGGACAAAAGUGGCGGGAUAUGAGAGCUACUUUGAGCCCAGCCUUUACCGGCAGCAAAAUGCGGAAGAUGUUUGAACUGGUCAUCGAGUGUAGCGAUAGUGUAGCGCAAUAUUACGUAAAGCAGUCGAAGAAAGUAGUUGAAGUGGAACUGACUGAUAUGUGCACCCGUUUUGGUUCCGAUGUGAUUGCAACUUGUGCUUUCGGUAUCAAAAUGGAUUCUUUGAGAGAACGUGACAAUGAAUUUUAUGAUAAUGGUAAGAAGAUGAUGCGAUUCGAGCGGUUGAGUGUAGCAUUACGGAUGUUUGCGUUCAAGUUUUUCCCAACGCUGAUGGGACAAAUGGGGAUCGAUAUUAUCGAUCGAGAGCAAGCGAAAUACUUUAGCGCUUUAAUUAUGGAUGCCGUUAGACAGCGUCAAACCAAGGGUAUAACUCGUCCAGAUAUGAUUCAGCUUCUCAUUCAAGCUCGAAAAGGUACGUUGAAGCAUCAAGAAGAGAAGGAAGUCGAAGAAGGAUUCGCAUCAGUCAAAGAAUCUAGCAUUGGGAAGACAAACGUUUCCUUCAACAUGACUGACAACGAAAUGAUUGCUCAAGCUUUCGUAUUCUUCCUGGCUGGAUUUGAAACGGUAUCCACUACCUUAACUUUCCUAAUUUAUGAUCUUGUCGUGAACAAAGAUGUCCAACAACGCUUGUACGAAGAAAUAGUCGCCACGAACGAUUCUCUUCAAGGCAAACUUUUGAACUACGACACCCUUCAGAAGAUGAAGUAUUUGGAUAUGGUACUAUCGGAAAGUAUGCGAAUUCGUCCGGCAGCAGCCACAUUGGAUCGACUGUGCGUUCGCGAUUACGAGGUGGACGAUGGACAAGGUCUGAAGUUCACAAUCAAUAAGGGAACGGCGGUUUGGAUCCCAACCCAGGGAAUCCACAUGGAUCCCAUGUACUAUCCGAAUCCGGAGAGAUUCGACCCGGAACGAUUCAACGACGAGAACAAGGCAACCAUCGACCCGAUGACCUAUUUGCCGUUCGGAGUUGGACCGAGAAACUGUAUCGGAUCGCGGUUCGCAUUGAUGGAAAUCAAAGCCAUUGUGUAUUACCUGCUGUUGCAUUUCUCCUUCGAAGCCAAUAGGAAAACUCCUAUUCCACUGGAGCUGCGCAAAGGUUUCACUAUCGUGGCCGCUGAAGGUGAAGUUUGGAUUGAUAUGAAGGCUAGAUAGUAUUUCAAGGGAACGGAAAAGAUUCUAUGUUAAGUUCAGUUGUCGUUAAUAUUAGUUUGAGAAGCUGCAUAAAAUCUAUUAAUUAACAAGAAUGCAAUAAAAUACUCGAAACGAUUUCAAA